AUGGCAGCCCCAACGCCACCGCACCUCCGCUCGCUCUACCGCGCGCUGCUGCGCGAGCUGCCGCCCAUCGCGGCCCGGCGCACGCCGCUGCACACCCGCCUGCGCGACUCGUUCCGCGCCUCGGGGCAAGGAGUGGACACGGUGGAGGCGGCGGAGCUGGUGCGCUAUCUGAGGGCGCAGAGAAUGUAUGCGACGCUGCUGGAGAGGUAUAAUCCGAGCCUGAGGAGGGAGACGGAGGAUAGAGUGAGGUUGAGCGCGAGGAGGGUGGGGCUGGAGAUGCCGAGGGAGAUGGCGGGGAGGGGGUAG